AUGCCAAAGAUCAGACAUUCACGAACUAAAAAACCUCCACAAGGCUUCGAAGACAUCGAACCAGUUUUAUUGGAAUUUGCUCAAAAAAUGAAAGAUGCUGAAAACGAACCACAUGAAGGAAAACGUCGUGUUGAAUCUUUAUGGCCAAUAUUUCGAUUACACCAUCAGAGAUCGCGUUAUAUAUAUGACCUUUAUUAUAAACGAGAGGCCAUCUCAAAAGAAAUUUAUGAUUAUUGUUUAAAAAACGGUUAUGCUGAUGGAAAUUUAAUUGCAAAAUGGAAGAAGAAGGAUCAAAAAUCAAAACAGAAAAGACUUCAAGAAGAACAGGAAGGUGAAGAGGUGGAAGGUGAAGGUGUGGAAGAGCAGCACCAACGACAAUUAAAUCAAUAUAUGGCAGCUCAACAAGAAACAUAUGGAGAAUCAUCUUCGCAGUCAACAUUAGCUCAAAAUGAAUUAUUGAAUUCCUAA